GGUUUGAAAAUUCGGUUCUUCUUUCCCUCUGCCAAAACGCUGCGUGUGUUUCUGGCUCCCUCCUCGACAACUUAUUUUGGUCAAACUAUUUCGAUAGGCUCUCUCCACUCCAGUCUGUGAGGAUUUGGCUCAGAUGAGAGCAUUUCCUGUCUCGUCCGGUGUUCUGACUCCUCGCUGCUGCGCGUCCCCUGUUGCCUAUGUAAGAGAGAGAUAGAUACAUACCCCAAACCCUGCAGCUGGGGUUCCCUGCACAGAGGCGGCACUGCGCAGAAUACGGAGAGAGAGAGAGAGAGAGGGAGAGAGAGAGAGAGAGAGAGAGAGAGAGAGAGAGGAAGGGAGGGAGAGAGGGAGAAAGGGGGAUCAGACUUGCCACAUCCCUGCCAAGGGUGAGAGCAUUUACGCGCGAUCCAGUGGCCGAUCUCCAGCAUCCCUGCUCUGCCAUCAGGACUAAUUUCAUCAUGAAAACUUUUAAACUCUUUAUUUUGACAUAAGCUGUUUUCCUGUGUGUGGUGCGUGGAGAGAAAAAAACCCAACUUUUACCACCAGACACCAUCUGUGCGGCGGUGAAGUUAUUCCAUCUUCUUCUGCAUGUGAAACGUACACAGUGGCAGUCAGCUUCAAAUCUACUAGCGAAGGAUGCAAGAUGAAUUUAAAUGAAAGAGAGAUGAAGUAUCAGAAGUCUGUGAGUGGAGAGACCACCCUUCAACUAGAGGACUAGGGUUCAAGCUCCUGCAUCAGCAAGACUCUGGUCUGUGCCAAUUAUACAGCCUGUGUGUUGAAGCCUGCCCGGUCGCCACUGACCCUGUUAGCCAGCUUUAAUGUCAACUCCCUGGCUCCAAAGUGGAGGGAAUUACCCCCCUUUUAGUCUCCAAUCAGGAAAAAAAGAAGAGCAACACAGCAAAAUGCAGAGCUUGACUCUUUUUCAACCCAUGCACUCUUUUCAGGGUCUGACUGCUCUUGCUUUCUGGUGAAACACAGGGUCAGGACUGUGUGGAUAAAACCCUGAGGGUUUUGACAUUUCAGCCUUACUGUCUUUUUUUAGUUUUUGCUACUCUUCUGGCCUCAGUGCUUUUGGAGGCGGCCCAGAUGAUGGGGUGGUGUUGCUCAGGCAUAUGCAGAGCCCUGGCUCUCCUGGCACUCCUGUUUCCCUUGCGGGAGAGGGGCUGCUGGGGGCUGAAUCCCAGCUCUGGGGAUCUGGAGAAGUCCCCCCACUCUGAUCCAGACCCCUGGGAGGUCCUGCACAGGCACAAACGCAGCUGGGUAUGGAACCAGUUCUUCGUAUUGGAGGAGUACACAGGGAAUGAACCACUCUACGUUGGCAAGCUACACUCAGAUGUGGACAAAGGGGAUGGCAAGGUGAAGUAUGUGUUAUCUGGCGAGGGUGCCACCUCCAUCUUCACCAUUGAUGAGAACACAGGAGACAUCCAUGCCACAAAGCGCCUUGAUCGGGAGGCACAACCCUACUAUACCCUCCAAGCUCAAGCAGUAGACCGACUCACCAAUUUACCAGUAGAGCCCAGGUCUGAAUUUGUGGUCAAAGUCCAGGACAUCAAUGAUAAUGAGCCAAAGUUUCUUGAUGGACCGUACUUGGCAGGGGUACCAGAGAUGUCACCCUUAGGAACCAUGGUAGUGCAAGUAGCAGCCACAGAUGCAGAUGACCCAACAUAUGGGAACAGUGCCAGGGUGGUGUACAGCAUCAUCCACGGACAACCGUACUUCUCAGUGGAGCCCAAGACAGGUGUCAUCAGAACAGCUCUGCCCAACAUGGACCGGGAGACGAGGGACCAGUAUGUGCUCGUCAUCCAGGCCAAAGACAUGGUCGGCCAGAUGGGUGGCCUCUCCGGCACCACCUCCGUCACUGUCACACUUACCGAUGUCAAUGACAACCCACCUCGGUUCACUCACAAGAACUAUCAGUACACAGUGCUGGAGUCACUGCCGGUGAAAUCUGUGGUGGCAAGAAUCAAAGCAGCUGAUGCUGAUAUAGGCUCCAACGCAGAGAUGGACUAUAGGAUCAUGGACGGUGACGGGCCUGGAAUGUUCAAUAUAACAACAGAUGAGGACACGCAAGAGGGGGUUAUCAUCCUUCUGAAGCCUCUAGACUUUGAAACAAAGAGCAGCUUUUCUCUGAGAAUCGAAGCCACAAACAGGAAUAUUGACUCCAACUUCUUGAGCUUGGGCCCAUUUAGCGACACAACAUCAGUAAGGGUGACAGUGGAAGAUGUGAACGAGCCACCUGUAUUUUCCACUGCACUUAGCAAGAUGGUUGUUUCGGAAGACGCCAAAGUGGGCACCUCAGUCGGGAGAGUCUCUGCCCAUGACCCAGACACUUCCAACAAUGCCAUCAGGUACUCCAUCGACAGAAACACAGACUUGGAGCGCUUCUUUAACGUGGACGCUCUAAGUGGGGUCAUCAGCACAGCCAAGCCUCUGGACCGCGAGGCCAACUUGGUCCAUAACCUCACCAUUUUCGCCAUUGAGAGCCAGGAUCCAACCCAAAUUGGAAAAGGAAUAUCCCUCAUCACAGUACUGGACAUAAAUGAUAAUGCCCCGGUCUUUGCCAUCGACUAUGAAACUCUCCUCUGCGAAAACGCCAUGCCAGGACAGGUGAUCCAGACCAUCAGUGCGGUGGAUAAGGAUGAACCUCUGAGUGGUCAUCGCUUUUAUUUUGCCCUGGCUGCACCUGUUGCCGGCAACCUCAACUUCACUCUGCGAGAUAACAAAGACAACACAGCGUCCAUAUUGACAAAGCGAGGGGGUUUCAGGAGACGGGAGCAACCUGUGUAUCGGCUGCCUGUGUUGAUUGUGGACAGUGGGAGUCCUGCCCUCAGCAGCACAAACACACUCUCAGUGCGUGUGUGUGACUGUGACUCUGACGGUGUGGCCUUGUCUUGUGGAGCCGUGGCCUACACUGCAACUGGCCUGAGCACCGGCGCCCUCCUGGCUAUUUUAGGCUGCAUCAUCACACUUCUGGUGAUGGUUCUGCUAAUUGUGACAAUGCGUCGGAGGAGGAAGGAGCCUCUGAUUCUUGAGGAGGAGAGGGACAUCAGAGAGAACAUUGUCCGUUACGACGACGAGGGCGGUGGAGAGGAGGACACGGAGGCCUUCGACAUGGUUACCCUCCGCAACCUAAACGUCAUCAGAGACCCCAAUGUGCGGCGAGAUGUCACACCAGAUACUCCUACCUUCUUUCAUUACCCAUCAACUACUCGCCCGGCCUAUAAAUCCCUGCCGGACAACGUGGUGUUUCGAGAAUUUAUUUGGGAGCGACUUAAGGAUGCUGAUGUUGACCCGUCAGCUCCCCCGUAUGACUCUCUGCAGACAUAUGCUUUCGAAGGCAGCGGCUCUGUAGCAGAAUCGUUAAGCUCACUGGAGUCACUAAGUACAGACUCAGAUCAGAACUAUGACUAUCUCAGCAACUGGGGACCACGCUUCAAAAAGCUGGCCGACCUGUACGGCAACAGCGACGGCAACAGUGUCUUCUCUUAGCCCCUAAAUGUCUCUCUUAACAUUUCUUGGACUUAAAAAAAAUAAGAGUAAUUUAUUGUCAGAGAAAAUGAUUUUGUCUGCCUUAGUGCAUUGGAGGAAGAUUCAAAGACAACACAAGAGAGAUUGAAAGAAAAACACUUUGACUUCAAAGGUUUUCGGUUUGUUUACCUCCUUGUAUGGAUUUUCAAAAGCGUGCCAUGGUGAGUUUUGACACAGACUUCAAAAGUGGCUUGACUGAGGAGGGAACCUUGUGUGCAAAAGACAUUAAAGGUUUCCGAUUUUGGGCUCCUGUCCAAACAUUGACUGCAGAAUGCAUACAUGUUGGAGCAUUUUUACAGGGAGGCACCUUUCAUUCCAGCGAUGGGCAGGGGCCCAGCACUCUUGCUUUGAUGCAUUCCUUUGCUAUCUUUGUGCUAAAAAAAACAUAAACGUUUCUCAUGAAAUAAUGUGUCCCUGGCGGCUAAUCAGUAGUCACUUGUAGUCACUCAUAUGAAAUUUGACGAUUUCUGGGGUUUUUUCUGGGGUCGGGGGAGGGGUGGGGAGCUGGGUGAUGAGAAGCUGUUUUUCAUAAACAUUUAAAUACAGAACCACAUUAUUCAUGGACUCUGUCAUACCUCUCAACACUAUAUGAAAAGUGCAACUGCACACAUACAGUAUAAACAAGUAGUUGAUGUGCUAAGGAAGUGACAUAAGUUGUGCAAAUAAUAAAAAGAAUGACACUCUCGUCAGUUUGAUGUCUCCACUGGGUGAUACAGGAAAGCAUAUAAUUUAUCUUAUUCUCCUAACAAUACAUUUUGCAGAUGUUGCAAUGUAGUGUGAGUCUGUUUUUUCUUCCGCCUUUCUAUUGCAAAGUCCAAUGUAUGAUUUCUGAGCUAUAAAAUUCAGUUGUUCUGCUUUUUGGGGGGGGGGACGGACGGACGGACGUCUGCUAUAUGAUAAAGCUUUGCUGAAGGAUUAGUCUUUGUUGUGUUUGAUAGCGAGUUUCACGCCACCUAGAUUCUAGAAAAAAGAAUUUGUUUCUGAAGUGACAGUCCUUAACUGGGUGAAGUUGCAGUUUGUAAUUAAAUUAAUUUUGCUUCUGUAGUUUGAAGAGUCCAGCAUAUAUUGUCAUUCAGAAAUGAAAUCAACAAUUUCCAUGGUUUUAUUGAUGGUGAAAGGACACACUGUAUGACAAUAAUCAUGUGCCGAAUUGUGCCGAUUUUUUUUCCAGCUUAAAGAGUUACAGUUGGGUGUCAACAUGUACAAGCGAUAUGUAUUAUUAUUUAUUUUGAAGAGGCAGAAUUGUGCAAAUGAUGUUUUUAUCAAUUUGCUUAAAAUAAAAUUGACAUUCAGUUUCUUAAAAGACUGAAGAGAUUUCUUUCAGUCCAUCUGAACACAGAGAAGUAAGUAAAUGAAUAGCAGUUAUUUCCCAUAAUAAACUACAACCAACAUCUAACAAUAAUCAAUGAUUUAAAAAAAAAAUGGUGCCUCACUCUGCAUUUGUGGAGCUCAAGGAACUAGACAGGGGUUAAGGAGGGGGGGGGGAUUUUUUUUUUUCAUAUCUCUUUUUGAUGAGGCUUUUGUAGUUGAAAGGCCUGAUCCAGACAAAGCACUGGCGCUCCACAGAGGUGUGUGUGAUGACUGUGAAGCUCACCAUCGGCCAUCUGAGGAGCCUUUUGCAAGUUAGUCAGGCCUGCGUCAUGCAGUGUGAGGAAGCUCCCUUAAAGGUGUGUUCAAAUACUGCAGCUCAUGUGACACCUGACAAAGACACAUGUACAUAGUGUGCAUGUAUGGUAUGAAAAACACUGUCUUCAUUUGACAUAAUCAAUUUUUUGACUAGACCCACGGCCUCAGCCAGGAUUUUAGAAAUACUGAGGUCAUGACUCCAAAAUUCCCUAACACAACACUUUCCCUAAGAAAUGCUUCACUACAUACCAAAAAGGUCUGUAAAAUGUUCUUAAUAUUUUAUUUUUUCACAUUUUAUAUAUUUAUUUAACAGUUCCAUUACAUUUUCUGUAAAUUUUAACUCCCUACAGGAUGCUAAAUGUUGAUUCAAAGGCAUUAUUUUGGCCUAUAAAUAGAAAAAUGUAAUAAUAUUAUCUCUAAGAUCAUCUGAAUAAGCCUUAAAAAUAUACCAUGCGUAAUUUUUGUGUAAUUGCAAAAUGUAAACGCUUCCUCAUGCCAUUAAAAUCCCCCAAAUCCCACAGACAACACCCGAGACAUGCCCUUUCAUUCUUAUGGCUACAGCCCCCUGACAAAGUUACUCUAUUAUUAUUAUACUCUAUUUUUUCACAUUUUCUAUAUUUAUUUAACCAUGACAUUGUAUUUUCUGUGAAUGUUAUCUCCCUGGAGCAUAUUAAAUGUUGUGUCAACAUGG